ACCACUGCCACGCCGCUGCUGCCUUAGUUAUGCCGAAGCAAGCGUUCUCUGUGGACAUGACCUGUGGAAGCUGUGCUGAAGCUGUCUCUCAAGUCCUUGAUAAGCUUGGAGGAGUUAAGUAUGACAUUGACCUGCCCAACAAGAAGAUCUGCAUUGAAUCUGAGCACAGCGUAGACACUCUGCUUGCAACCCUGAAGAAAACAGGAAAGACUGUUUCCUACCUUGGCCUCGAGUAGUAGGGACCUGGUCCCCACAACCCACAGGAUGGACCAAAGCGGGCAGGAUGCUGAUCCUCCCCUGGCUUCCAGACAGACCUGGGACUUGGCAGUCAUGCUGGGCAAUGGUGUUCCUGUGGAGACCCUCAGUUGUCCUAUUCCUUCCUAGCUUCCCCGCAAUAAAAUCAAGCUGCUUUUGUUGGAAAAAAAUAAAAAAUAAAAAAAGAUAA